GAGGCACCGUGGGGACACCGGACAUGAGUCCUCUUUGGAAAAGCCCCCUGUGCAGGCAGCCUGGAGCGGCCGGACACCAUGAUGUCACCUGUCAUCCCUGGGUCUUCCCAUCCACCCGGGAUGGCCAUCUGCCAGGGGGGCCCCGUGUGGAGGACGCUGCUCUGUCGGUGACCCCUUCGGCAUGUCGGUGUCCGGCCUCCAGGUUCCCUCCACACCGUCUCGGAGACCAGCCGGCAACACCCAGGGCUGCGUCUCGCCUCUUCUCUGCCGGCUCACUCCUCCCUCCAGGGGCCAAACCACCUGCCCCUCUGGGGGAGGCCCCUGGAGCCCUUCUGGGGUUCAUAACCCCCCACCUGGUGCCUGGGGAAGCCCGUCAUCCCCUAGUCAUCAGGACCCAGGUCCGAAUUCCCAGGGGUGUGCCCGGCUGCCACUGUCUCCCCCCGCUCACCCCUGGACCAACAGCAGCCGCUGCUCCCUCCACCGAGGUGGCAAGAAAGCCAUCCCCACCAUGUGCCAUCUCCUCCAACGCCCACCCCUGCCGGGUGGGCGCCUUUGACGAGGCCAUUGCAGAACUGGACUCGGAGCUCCAGCCCCAGGACUGCACUGUUCCAUCCACAGGCCUCGAGGACAGCACCCCCUGCCUCCCUAACCACAGAGGCAGUGCCCUGGGGAGGGUCCUCCAGUGGCUCAUUAAUAAGAGGCCACUGAAGAGGCAGCGCGGAGCCCGGACACGAGCUACAGGAUGCCCUGCCCCUGGGGCAUCCCCAGGUUUCCAGGAAAUACAUUUGGACCUCCUGGGUUCCCUGGAUCUUGCCUCCUCACCCAUGAAGAGACAAGAAGGGGCCCAGGUUGGUCCCAGCGGAGAUGGGGGUGUCAGCAGCCAGAAAAAGCAGGUGCGAUUUGACAGCAAACCCAGGUGCUUGAUGUACUCUCCUGCUGCACCCCCCAGCAAGUUACGCCCAGGAGCCUCGAGACCAUGUUUCAAUUGGUUUACACAGUGCUGUGGGGGGUGCAGACCGUGAGCUGAUCCAUCUUCCACCUCACAAAAAAU